AGCACUCCAUAGCAACGAAGCAGCAGGCUUCCCAUUCGACUGAUGGAACAUGAUGACUGCCAACACUGUGAUACUGGUUUUACAGGACAGAGAACUGCUAUGCAAUACUCUAGGGACAGACCAGCUCGGCUGUGAACAAGUUUUCAGUUUUGGUUGUGAAGUGUCAAUCAUUUCAUCCGUUGUAUGGUGGGCCUGUGGAAUUCAUUGCCAUGGAGCGCAGUGGAGGCUGGGACGUUAAAUGUCUUCAAGGCAGAGAUCAAUAAAUUCUUGAUCUCACAAGGAAUCAAGGGCUAUGGGGAGAGUGCAGGCAAGUGGAGUUGAAAUGCCCAUCAGCCAUGAUUAAAUGGCGGAGUGGACUCGAAGGGCUGAAUGGCCUUACUUCCACUCCUAUGUUUUAUGGUCUUGUGGUCUUAUCAUGUUUCAAGAAACCAAAACAAAUUAUGCACAUCUAAUGAAAACAUUGAAUAUAAGAAAUUGUAUUUUCUUUGGAAGAUGUUUGUAAAACAUUGUGACUAAUAUAUACACUUUUAAAGUGCACAACUUGGAGUACUUUCAGCACCUUUAGCUUUUAAGAUUGCAAAGAUCUCUUCACGUUUUGUAAUGUUGUAAAUGUUAAAGUGUAGUUACAAAUUUUGCCCCAGCAUGCUCAAACAUAACAGAUGUUCACAGCAUUUAGUGUACAUUAUACAAAAUCCAGGCCGCACUGAUGAAAUGGUUUUGUUGAAAUCAAUAAAAACUUUGAAAAGCUGUAGUCCUUAUCAAACCACAGAAUCACUUGGAUUCAAUCUGAUUCUUCCGGGAAUUGAUGAGUCAACUUAAUUGUUGGCAGUCUGUACUGGUUCAGUAAGGAAGUAGAUUAAAAAUGGAUCAUGGCGUAAUUAUGAUGUGGCUAAUGCACACAUUCAGCCUUGGACUUUGGUUUUUUGGAAAAGUUAGCCUUUGGAACUGGUCUUCAGGCAAUAAAAGCUCAAAAUCGUAUGAACGCUCCACUAAUAGAAUAUUGAAAACCAGGACAAAGAUAAAGGUAAUAGAACACCAAGACUCCCAUAGAAAAACAAAUUUAGAAACAGUACUGUCUAAAGAGAACAAUGUACUAAAGUGCCUUCAUUGGAAAAGAAACGAGUUUUAAUUUGAUGUCAAAGGGAGGAUGAAUAGUGAAGAAGAGUUUUAUGAUGCCGUUACAGGGUUUGAAUCGGAUGAUUCUGAAACCAGAAUGGAUCCAAUGGUGUCAGAUGAUUCAUUCAGUUUGUUCAGUAAAAGUGAAAGCAGUGCAUCUGAACAAAAUGUUCACAACAGAGAACCAACCCAAGAAAAUGGAAUUAAGAAACAUAGAACUUCUUUACCAGCUCCAAUGUUUAGUAGAAAUCAAUUAAGUUUGUGGAGUAUUUUAAAGAAAUGCAUUGGACUGGAAUUGUCAAAAAUUACUAUGCCCAUUAUAUUCAAUGAACCUUUGAGCUUUCUGCAACGAAUUACAGAAUACAUGGAACAUACGUAUCUCAUCCACAAAGCUUCUAUGCUUUCUGAUUCAAUAGAAAGAUUACAGACUGUAGCUGCAUUUGCAGUUUCUGCUGUCGCAUCACAGUGGGAAAGGACUGGAAAGCCGUUCAACCCACUACUGGGUGAAACCUAUGAACUUAGAAGGAAUGAUCUGGGAUUUAGGCUUAUUUCUGAGCAGGUUAGCCAUCAUCCACCAAUCAGUGCAUUUUAUUCAGAAGGCAUAAAUAAGGAUUUCGUUUUCCAUGGUUCUAUCUAUCCAAAGCUUAAAUUUUGGGGAAAGAGUGUCGAAGCAGAACCACGUGGAACUAUCACACUAGAACUUAACAAGCACAAUGAGGCCUACAGUUGGACAAAUCCUUCAUGUUGUGUACAUAAUGUUAUAAUUGGCAAACUAUGGAUAGAACAAUAUGGAACAGUAGAAAUUGUGAAUCAUAGUACUGGUGAAAAAUGUUUGCUGCAUUUCAAACCAUGUGGGCUUUUUGGAAAGGAACUGCACAGAGUUGAAGGAUACAUUCAAGACAAAAGUAAAAGGAAGGUGUGUGUAAUAUAUGGCAAAUGGACUGAAUGUCUAUGGUGUGUGGACACUAACACAUAUGAGGCAUACAAGAAAAAUGAUAAGAAAGGUGGAGAACAAAAGAAAUUGAAAGAGCCAGAAGAUGAUGUACGAACUGAAAAUGAUGAAGCUGAUGACAUGCCUGAAAUUCAGGAAACUGUGCAAGUUAUUCCUGGAAGCAAACUGCUUUGGAGGAUAGCAGCAAGGCCUUCUCAUUCUACUCAGAUGUAUAAUUUCACUAACUUUGCAAUGACGUUGAAUGAACUGGAUGAGGAAAUGAAGAAUGUUUUAGCUCCAACCGAUUGUCGUUUUCGACCAGAUAUCAGAGCUAUGGAAAAUGGAAAUAUGGAUAUUGCUGGUGCAGAGAAAGAAAGAUUAGAAGAAAAACAGAGAGCUGCUCGUAAAGAAAGGUCCAAAAAUGAAGAGGAAUGGAGAACCAGGUGGUUUCGACAGGAUAUUAAUCAGCACACACGAACAACAGACUGGAUUUACACAGGAAAGUACUGGGAAAGAAAUUACGAAGAUUGUCCUGAUAUUUACUGAAGAUUUUGUUCUUGAGUAUCGUUGAAUGUUGAUCAAAUGACUUUAACAUUUCUACUACUUCUAAAUCUUCUACCCUGGUUUUGUCUGUUUUGCUUUUUUUUAUUUUGUUUAACUUACACUGAUGUCAGUCCCAGAAUUUCUAACUAUAAUGUUUAUGUGCAAUAACUGAAAGGAGGUUUUGGAAAAUUUCUCCCUGCUGUUCAUAUAAAUAAUACAAUGCUUGAAUUGUUUUGCUAGUAUUUCUAAUCUGACAUAAUUGGGUGCUACUUCCAAGAUUCAAUGAUUACAAUAGAAAUGUUUCGCGCAGUCUCUUCCUACUCCUGCAUCCCCACUUCUACAAAUGGCUAAUGUGAAUUUAUCGAGUUUGUAACUGAGCCAUGCAGAAAGUUGCGGGCUGGUGGCUGAGAGAUGAGAGGAUGUCCAGAUUUGAUCCCUGAGGUUGGCUAUUUUCAGCUAGGAUAUGGGCGCUGCAAUGGUUAUGUCAUACCUGGGUUAAGUAAGAAUUAGCUGUUAAGGGGGUUAUAGGGAUAAAGUCCUGAGGGUAUCAUACCCCAAAGCAAACCAGUAUCCCCUUUGUUGGUUUAUAUGUGCAUGUGUAAAUGAUAGGUGAGGACAAUCUUGAGUGCAUAUGUGAAUCUACUUAUACUGAAAUAUCCUGCCGACAGACACUACAAAGGUUCACAGCUGAAUAUUGGCAACUUGGAUGAAGUAUCAGAGAGCAGCUAGUGCCCGUGGAAUUACACAAAGGUGUCUUCAAGAAAAAAGAUGGAGGAAACCUGGCAAGAUAAAAGAUACAUUUAAACAUGCUUUGCUUAUGGUCACGUCUUGAAAACUUGGUACUUGCAUUUUAAAUGCUUAAUCAAACUAAUUCCGUGUACAUACAUCUGAAUAAAGGUUGCAAUUCAGUUAGAAUGGUGCAUAAACAUAAGCUUUCUGUUGCUUUUUCCUAAUUUGUUCACCAAGAAAUAGAUUUUCACGUCAGUACAGAAGUGUUGAUCUGUACAAUAAGUGGUUACAAUUCAAUAUACAUUUUAAUAAAAGUGUUGGGAGUAGGGAAAAGAGUUGGCUCAAAAAAUAGAGCUCCAUAAAUGACUUCUCAGUAACCAGACAAUUGUACUAAAACUUGUUAGAUGCUUUUUCAAUGAACCUGUAGAUUGGUGAAGGUAAUUUAAUUACAGCUGUUAAGCAGCCUAUAACCAAAACAGUUCAGUGGUGUUGUACACCUUUAAUGUCAAAAAAUCUCUUAUUUAAAAAUAGAAGCCCGCUUGUUGAUUUCAUAUUUUCUGAGAAUGUGAAUAAAUUUUCUCACUUCAGUUUUGGUGUUGCUUCUUUGAAAUUUACACUUGUAAACUUCCAUGUGUUCCUUACCCGAAGCAUUGCUCUCUGGAUGAAUGCCUUUGUUUUUGGCUGCCUGGAACAGCAGGAUGUCGUGUAAUAGAUUUCUGUUAUUAGUAAUAGAUAUCUUUGGUAACAUGUCAGGACACCAGUGGGGAAGGUGAUUUUUGUUUUACAAGUUUUAAAAAAUUGAAGUUGAAAGAGUAGAAAUGUCAGUAGCCCUUGUCUUCAUUCAUGCCCUUUUAUUUCAACCCCCAGCUCUCUGUGAGAGUGGCCAUUUGUUUUACCAGUAGUUGUUUUGCAUUAAUACACUCUCUAAUGCAUGUUUUGAAUGUCCCCAGAUGUGUACUAUUUUGAAAAUGUAAUAAUGCCAGGAGCUGCUUGCAUCAUUGUUUAUGUGGAUCAAAAAAAGUGUAUCUGUGGAUUUUUUAUUGCCAAAGUGAUCUUUAUUUUAUCUGUGUGCUUGCGUGUAGGUGUUCUGAAGCCAUAAUGUUAAAAUGUUAUGUCAGCUUGAAUUCACAGACACCGUUUUGUGGAAUAGAAAAUCAAAUUGUACAAAGAUAAAAUAUACUUCCACUGGGUUUGAAAUUAUGGGAACUUUUGCUAAUAAAUUAGUGAAUUUUAUUUACUAUCGAUUGUUGUGAAAUCAAUCAGCAAGCUAUGAACUAAAGAACAGCAUCGGCUAUCCCAUAGUUGAGAAGAUACUCCUUAAAUAACACACUCAAUAGCCAUUUUCGUGAGUACAGAGUUUGCUUUCUAAUUUUUUCUUGUUCAGAUCCUCCAAAACUUGGCAUUUUUAUUUUUAUUGUUGGGGGCAAGAUAAAAGCUGAGGCAUUCAAUUUCAAUUUCGAACCCACUGCAUGUGCUUUGCACUUCCAGAAAAUAAUGGAGAAAGUGAAUAAUUUUAAAACACAUUUUAAGAACUGGGAAGUACUUAAUUUUCAACUUCCCAAGAGCAGUACUGAUGUACUUGCAGGAUUUCAAGAUAUAGCAAAAUAUAACUUUGUAUAUUUAAAAAAAAGUCUUUGGAUACAACUACCUGGGGGGAAGUACACAUAGAAACAUGUAUAAAUAAACAUAUGCACCAACCUAGGAGGUUAUCCUAUAACCUGAUUAAUUUUUGGUGCUUAAUUUUCCUCUCAAUUGUAAAUGAGAUUUGUAGCCAGUUUAGUUUGUUGUACUUGGUUGUUCUGUUUUUGGGAUUGAGGUGUACAUGAAUAAAUUCAUCCAGCUCCUGAUAUUUUCAGCAGUCAUUUGUAUUUACCUAUAUUGUGGUGAUAACUGAACUAAAUUACAUUCUACAUUAUACUUUAACAGCUAGAAUUUUUUUUUACCUUUCACAGCACCAUUAUCUAAAACUAUGCAACUAUCGAUGCACACUGCUUCCAAAACAAAUCACAGCAGUACAUAUUACGAACAUAUCUCUUCAUGUCCCAUGAAUUUUCUUGACACUUUUUUCAAAGUGCUAAGUUUGUCGUGCAUGAAAUGUGUACAUUUACACAGAUUCACAAUUUCAGAAAUUAUUGAAGUGAAACCUGUCAUUCAAUGCUAAGCAAGUGAGAAGUGAGAAUGCAGAGAUUUCUGCCCGUUAAGUCAAAGUUUGGAAAGAAAACAGUGAUAUAUUUAAAGAGACCAUAUUUAUUUUUGCUGUCAAAUAGCUGAAGUUUAAAACUACCAAAUGUGUAAUAUAGACCUAUGUUCCCUUAAAUAGUUCUAAUAAUUUUAGCUAAAUAUUUUUUUAAAUAAUGCAGAAAGUGGUCUUCUGUAUUUGUAGUACAGAUCUAAACAUUAGAAUAUUACUUGAUGCAAUGUUUUAUGGUACUAAAGAUUUUAAAUAUACAAAGUAGUAGAAAAGAUUUGAUUUUUGGUAGUUAUUAACUCCAGCCUUAGUACAAAUGGUUCUUAAAGGGGGUAUUAUCUCUUUUUUUCAAAUUAAACUUAAACCUUGUCCAUUUUUAUACUUUAUUCAUUUUGGUACGUGACGUGCUCCAAAAUUGUCACAAACUGAAUUAUGUUCAUAAUUUUUUUAUGGAGUAAUGAUUUUAAAAAAAAAAGCUACUUCAAGUUCAAUGAUCUGACCCAUUUUCCAUGCUUUGUAAAAAUUGGUUUACUUCCAAAUUAUAAAUAUGUAAAUUGUUGUAGUCUCUAUAUAGUAUUUCUUGAAACAAAAUAAUGUAAUUUCAAAGCACUUGAUUUAGGGAUGAUUUGAACUGUUUGUGAUUUUUUUUUGUUUCAGAAAGUGAUUUUUAUUUGCUGUGUAGUUUACAACCAAAUAAUCUCGUACACUAUGAUUUGUAUUUCAUAUUGAGCUAUGAAAAGUCAACUGAUUUUGCCUUCUUGGACAGCUGCUUCUCUGUUGAAUUGUUAAAAGUUGUCUUUUUGCCUUACUAAAUGUUGCAUGAAGAGUUUAGUUCACAAAAUAUAAACACUUAUGUAAAAUUGACUUAUUUUUAUAAUAUUUAAAUGUCAAGACCCAUUAAUAAAGCUUAAAAUCAGUUGUAAUUUUUUCAG